AUGUCACAGGAGGUCGAUGAUUCCCGGUCGGUGGCGGAAAGCCUCCCCAAUGCGCCUGAUCGCGCCCCUACCAAGCGGUCGUAUCGGUCAUUCAAGAAGAAGUUUGCCAAACUCAAGAUCCAGUUCGAGCUACGAAUGAAGGAGAGCGAGUCGUUAAUCCGGGAAGAGCUCCGCAUCCAGGACCUCUCGAAGAGGAUCCAGGAACAGAACGAUCAACUUCUUGAGGUCCUUAUGGAGUUCAACGAUAGCCUUCAUGUCCCGUCGAAUCUACGAUACGGCCUCGGCGCUCCAGGAGACGGAUCCUUCAUGUCAACUCCUGACGGACCGCCCUCUGCGUUGCAUGAUGAUGUUACAGCUGCGACCCAGAGACUGAAGGAUGCCAAAACGGAGAUGAAAAACGGCAGAAUCGACAUCGAUCGCUACCGCGAGUUAGAAGAGGCCAUGAAACGGGGCAAAGCGUUCGCACCACAGCUGGAGUAUUCGGCCCUAACAAAGUUCCCGCACACGAGCCCUCCCACUGAAGAACUCAACGUGCCCACUGCCAAUAGUCUCGAACAGACUUUGGGUUUUUUCACCCCGGAACAUGAGACCGAAUACUAUCUGGCGAUGGACGCCAAGCUAGGGGACGAGGCCGCCGCCCUACAGCUGAGCCGAGCCCCCGAGAAACCCUCAUUUGCCGAGCGCGAAAGAGAGCUUGCCCUGCGGAACCCGAUCUCGGUAUACAAUUGGUUGCGAAGGAACCAGCCGCACAUCUUUCUCCAGGACAACGAAGUUGCGUCAGAGAAGUCUGCCUCCCGGUCGAACCUACGCACGUCCAAAAAGCCCCCCACUACUCAGCCCCGGAAGGAUGAGGAUACGCACGAUGAAGAUGGCUCUGUGGAUACCAGCACUGCCAAGGGAAAGCGCAAGCGUGAGGAAGACGCCGGAUACAAGCCGAAGACUAGCGGUAGUCGUUCCCGCAAGAAGAAGGACGACGGCAGUGCGAAACGUCCAUCCAAGAGAUCAUCGGGCGUCGGCGCCUAG